UUGCUUACGUGAUAGGAUGUAGUUCUUGAGGUAUGGGGGAGGCCAAGGCAUUCUUAUAAAAAGAAUUGCUUGCUGACGAUUCCAUUAAUUGUGCGGGAUUAGUUAAUUACAGUUUUUCAAUCACAGUUUCUAUAGUAAUAGUUUAUGUUCAAGUUUAAUUUUAAAAUUUCAUUUUUUAUUUCUUAACGUAAAAACGUAAUUAAAAAAAAAAAAAGAAAGAAAAAAAAGAAAAACCAAAGUAAAAAGGAAUCAUCAUGAGUGGAAAUAAUGAUAAACCGUACAGAUAUUUCAAAUAUGAAAUACCAGAACCGGGUGAAGAAGUUGUUGUUUCUGGAAUCUCUGGUAGAUAUCCAGAAUCCAAUUCUGUGGAAGAAUUAAAGGAAAAAAUUUUUAAUUACGAAGAUUGUAUCACGGAUGAUGAUCGUCGAUGGUCAUUAGAUCAUCCGGAAAUUCCAAAACGACAUGGAAAAAUUAAUAAUAUUGAAAAAUUCGAUGCGGAUUUUUUUAACAUCGGUUUUAAGCAAGCUCAUACCAUGGAUCCAAUGUGUAGAAUAUUACUCGAGCAUGCUUACGAAGCUAUAGUGGAUGCUGGUGUUAAUCCGAAAGAUUUGCGUGGUAAGAGAGUAUCUGUAAUCGUAGGUUCAUGUUUUUCCGAAUCUGAAAAAACAUGGUUCUACGAAAAAAUGAAAGUGGGCGGAUAUGGUAUCAUGGGUUGCAGCAGAUCUAUGCUGGCGAACAGAAUUUCGCAGUGGUUGGGUGUAACUGGAUUAUCAUAUACCGUAGAUACAGCAUGCAGUUCGAGUAUAUAUGCUAUGGAACAUGCUUACAAAUCCAUACGUUAUGGACAAAGUGAUUAUGCGAUCGUCGGUGGAUCCAAUCUUUGUCUUCAUCCAUUCGUGUCACUGCAAUUCAGUCGUUUAGGAGUAUUGUCACGGGAUGGUAUAUGCAAGAGUUUCGAUAAAGAUGCAAAUGGUUAUACGCGUAGCGAAACUGUCGCGGUAGUAUUUCUGCAAAAAGCACGAGAUGCAAAGAGAAUUUACGCCACAUUUUCCCAUGCCAAAACUAAUUGUGAUGGUUAUAAGGAAGAAGGAAUAACAUUUCCAUCCAGCGAAAGACAGAGUGUUCUUCUUGAAGAAUUUUACGAGGAAUGUGGUAUACCACCGGAAAAUGUACAUUAUAUCGAAGCUCAUGGUACCGGAACGAGAGUAGGUGAUCCUGAAGAAUUGAAUGCCAUAGAUAAAGUUAUGUGUAAAAAUAGAACUACUCCUCUUAUAGUUGGUUCCAUCAAAGCAAAUGUUGGUCAUACCGAACCAGCCAGUGGAAUUGUAUCCCUUACCAAGGCAAUCAUAACGUUGGAGACAGGUUUGAUACCACCGAAUAUUCAUUUUAAAAAUCCACGAGAUGAUGUUGAUUGUUUUAAAGAAAACCGUAUUAAGGUUAUUACUGAACCCACACCAUUGGAAGGUACAUAUAUAGGCAUUAAUUCUUUCGGUUUUGGUGGUGCCAAUGGUCACGUUUUAGUUCAAUCACAUCCAAAAACUAAACCCAAAAAAUUACCUUACGAUGAUUUACCUAGACUCGUAGUUGUUUCUGGACGUACCGAAGAAGCAGUAGAAUCUUUAUUAAAUCGAGCCGACAAACCACCGAUAAACGUUGAAUUAGUACGUCUUUUCCAUGAUAUUCAUCGUGACGAAAUAUCUGGUCAUGAUUAUCGAGGCUAUACGGUAGCAAGUCGUAAAACAACCAACAAUAAUAUAAGAGAAAUAGGAAAGUGUCCUAAUGUUAAGAGUCCAAUAUGUUUCGUAUUUUCUGGAUUGGGUUCGGAAUGGCCUGGAAUGGGUCAAGCUCUGAUGAGGUUCAGCGUAUUUGCCAAAGCGAUAGAGAAAUGCGACGUUGUGUUGAAACCUCGCAAACUUAAUAUUUAUGAUAUUUUGUCUAAAAAGGAUAACAAUAUAUUUGACAAUGUCUUGCACUCGUCAAUUGGAAUUGUUGCGGUUCAGAUCGGCUUGGUAGAUCUUCUAACUACUGUGGGUGUAAAACCGGACUACAUAAUCGGACAUUCGAUCGGUGAACUUGGUUGUGCAUACGCAGAUAGAACUUUGACACUUGAGGAAGUAAUGUUGGCAGCGUAUUCGCGAGGAGUGGCCCCUAUACAAACAAAAGUACCAUCGGGUUCUAUGGCAGUUGUAGAUAUUGGUUAUAAAAAUGUUAAACAAUUGUGUCCUGCUGAUAUCGAUGUAGUAGCUCACAACGGACCUGACAGUUGUAUCGUUAGCGGACCGACUGAAUCUAUAAAAGCAUUAAUUAAAAAUUUGAAGGCAAACAAAAUUUCUGUGCAAGAAGUGUCAUGUGGUAAUGUACCUUAUCAUAGCCGUUAUAUCGCAUCAGCUGGACCAAAACUAAUAUCAUAUUUCAAAGAAAUUAUAACAAAACCAAAACCUCGUAGCGAAAAAUGGCUCAGUACUUCGGUACCACGCAAUGAAUGGUCAACUUCAGCUGCAAAAUUCUCGUCGGCCGAGUAUCAUGCCAAUAGUUUGUUGAAACCAGUACUUUUUGAGGAAACUUUAGCCCUUAUACCGGACAAUGCUGUUACCAUUGAAAUCGCACCGCAUGCUACGCUAACAACGAUUUUGAACAAAUCAUUGAAUUCAACUAUAACGAAUAUUGGAUUAUGUCAAAAAGAUCAUACAGAUAACGCAGAAGUUUUCCUACAAGGAUUAGGAAAGCUUUAUAAUAAUGGUCAUCAACUUGAUCUUGCUGUAUUAUAUCCACCUAUUGAAUUUCCGGUCAGUCGAGGUACUCCAAUGAUAUCUCCGUCUAUAAGAUGGGAUCAUAAGAAAGAUUGGUACGUAACAUCUUUCAAAGUACAAGAAAAAAUAGUUUCCGGAGAACGAGCUAUUGAUGUAACAAUUAUCGAUGAAGAUUUCGAAUUUAUAACUGGUCACAAUAUCGACGGUAGAAAUUUGUUCCCAGCUACAGGAUAUUUAGGUUUAGUUUGGGAAACUAUAGGCAUGAUGGUAGGACAAUUGUACACGGAAGUGUCCGUUGUAUUUAGAGAUGUUAAGUUUAUUCGAGCUACCACCAUUCCCAAGGAAGGCAGAGUUGAAAUGACUGUAAUGAUUCAAAAAGGUAGCGGUAAUUUCGAAGUAAUCGAAGGAAAUACUGCUGUGGUUAGCGGAAAUAUUCGCAUUGCGGAUGAUAUUACAAAGGAAAAAGUACCGGAAUAUGCGAGAAAGGAUGAUGUUGAAAGGGAAGAAAUAUUAAAAACGAAAGAUAUUUACAAAGAAUUGAGAUUACGCGGUUAUCAAUAUUCUGGUUUAUUCAAAAGUUUUGUCAGUGCGUCAAUCGACGGACGCCGAGGACACAUUGAAUGGAAACAAAAUUGGGUUGCGUUUAUGGAUAAUUUAUUACAAUUGAAAAUUCUCACGUUUGAUACUAGAGGUUUAUUCGUACCGACUGGAAUUAAAAAAUUGGUAAUAGAUACUAAAUACCAUCAACAAUAUAUCCGUGCUUUGCCUCUCGAAGAACAAUAUAUACCCGUACAAUACUGUGAAAACCUUGACGUAGUUAUAGGAGGUGGCAUAGAAGUUCAUAAUAUUUUAGCUAACGCGAUUGCUAGAAAGAGACCUGCCGGUGAUCCAGUUAUCGAAGAAUAUAGAUUCGUAGCUCAUCGCGACAAAGAAGUAAUGUCGUUGCGUGAUAUAUUAACAUUUUCUCUUCACAUUUGUUUAGAGAAUAUAUUAAACCUAUCGGUUAAGACAAAUGAACUAAUCGAUGAAAAUGACAAUGUAUCAGGAGAAAAUCUCGCAUCUCCGUUGAUUUCCGACAUUUUAGGAAAUUUACCAUUAAUCCAAGCAAACAUUAACGUAUUUGCACUAACACAGAAAUAUACCGAAAAUGAGAUCCCUGAAAAUAUCACCAUUUCAGAACCAAAAAAAUUACAAUUGGAUGAUUCCGCGUUAUUAUCGAUUGGAUGUAAUUUAUUAAGCUCAGAUAAUACCGACAAGUUGCAACAGCUUAUAAAAGCAACCAAACCGCAAGGUUUUAUUUUGUCACGUGAAAAUAUUAACACACAAUUGAAUUCAUCAAUUUUGAAGGAAUUACAAUUAGGUGUAGUCGCUGAGAAACGUACUUCCGACGAAUAUUUCGUAUUGUUAAGAAAAUUAGAUAAGAACAAGGUCAAAUUAUUAGUCUUUCACGUUGAUAGCAAUGAAUUUAAUUGGUUGGAAAAAGUUAAAAAUGAUGUCGACAAAGAAAUAGAAGAUUGUAAUAGUAACUUCAGAGUGAUACUCGUCGAACAAGGAAAAUUCGAAUCUGGUCUUAUGGGAUUCAUAAAUUGUUUGAUAAAAGAACCUGGCUGUGAAAUGUACAGAGCUGUAUUAAUUCAAGAUACUAAAGCACCCAAAUUUUCUUUAGAUUUACCAUUAUAUUCCGAACAAAUCGAACUGAAUCUUACUAUCAAUGUUUUAAGAUCAGGAGAAGUUUGGGGAUCUUAUAGGCAUUUCUUACUUCCUCCUAUCGAGAAUCAAAUUUCCUUCCACGGUCUUAUUAGUCAACAGGUACGCGGAGAUUUAAAUUCGAUAUGUUGGGUUAAAGGGACACAUAAGCCGAUUGAUGAAGAAAACCUUAUUAAAAUUCAUUAUUCAUCGUUGAAUUUCAAAGAUGUGAUGUUGGCAACUGGUAAACUGGCAGCGGAAGUAAUAACAGAUGACAGAAAAUUAUUAGAUUAUUUACUUGGAUUUGAAUAUAGUGGAAUCACUGCGAAGGGUGAACGUGUUAUGGGAUAUUCUUUUAACGGAUGCCUAUCAAAUUAUACCAGAUAUGAAGAAUAUUCUUCGUGGAAAAUACCUGAAGAUUGGAGUUUGGAGGAGGCAGCAUCAGUUCCAUGUGUAUACGCCACAUGUAUUACUGCUUUUUAUUUAAGUGGAAACAUACAAAAAGGACAAUCAAUACUUAUUCAUGCGGGUACUGGUGGUAUCGGUCAAGCCGCUAUUAAUUUAGCACUUCACCAAGGUCUUGAAGUUUUUACUACCGUUGGUACACCGGAAAAACGUGAAUUCAUUAAAAAAAUGUUCCCAAGUAUCGAUGACAAUCAUAUCGGAAAUUCUCGUGAUACCAGCUUCGAACAAAUGAUUUUACGUGAAACCAAUGGCAGAGGUGUAGAUUACGUUCUAAAUUCUUUAGCGGAAGAGAAACUUAAAGCAUCUUUGCGUUGUGUAGCAUAUGGUGGAAUAUUUUUGGAAAUCGGAAAGUUUGACAUAGCAUCUAAUAACACCAUAAACGCGGACUUGUUCCAGAAUAAUAUCUCUUUUCAUGCUGUCAUGUUAGAUAAAAUAAUAGUAUCAAACAAUUAUAAAUUAAAGAAGGAAAUCAGGGAUAAAUUGUACGAAUUGAUUGCAUGUGGUGCUGUUAAACCGAUCAAUAGACAAAUCUUUCAGAAGGACCAAGUUGAAGAAGCACUUAGAUUCAUGGCAGCUGGAAAACAUAUGGGAAAAAUACUCAUACAGAUCCGUAAGGAUAAUGACCCACCUAAUAUGACAAUGACUACUGUACCUACUUAUUUAUGUGAUCCGGACAAAAGUUAUGUAAUUAUUGGUGGCUUAGGAGGUUUUGGCUUGGAAUUAAUCGAUUGGUUGAUUCUUCGAAAUGCUAAAAAUGUUGUAAUUACAUCGCGAAACGGUAUAAAGAAUGGUUAUCAACGUUUGAGAGUUAAAUUAUGGGAAAGUUACGGAGUUAAAGUAAAGAUCCUUGUUAAUCUCGAUGCUGGUAAACGAGAAGAUUGCGAGCUUAUAUUAAAAACAGCGAUAGAUCUAGGUCCUGUCGAUGGUAUAUUCAAUUUAGCAGCAUCAUUGAGAGAUGGUAUUUUUAAAAAUCAAACUAUAGAAAGUUUUGAAGAAUCUUUCAAAGGUAAAGCUUGGCCGACGAAAUGUUUGGACGAGGUUAGUAGAAAACUUUGUCCGGAUCUUCAACACUUCGUUGUUUUCUCUUCUGUUUCGUGCGGAAGAGGAAACGCCGGCCAAACGAAUUAUGGUAUGGCUAAUUCCGUUAUGGAAAGAAUAUGUGAGAAAAGAGUAGCAGAAGGUUUACCUGGAUUAGCUAUUCAAUGGGGUGCAAUUGGAGAUGUCGGUCUUGUCGCAGACCUGCAGGAGGAUGAUAAAGAAAUGGUUAUUGGUGGUACCCUGCAACAAAAGAUAUCAUCGUGUUUGAAAGAACUCAAUGGCUUUUUACUACAAAAAAAACCCGUAGUUGCUAGUAUGGUAGUCGCUGAAAAACGAGCAGGUUUCUAUGGUACAAAUAAUUGUGUAGAUUGUGUCCUAGGCAUUAUGGGUAUUAAAGAUUUGAAGACUGUCAGUCAACAAACUUCCUUGGCUGAACUUGGAAUGGAUUCUAUGAUGGCUGUAGAAAUAAAACAGACAUUAGAACGUGAAUUUGAAAUCUUCCUUACCGCUCAAGAUAUUCGAAACUUAAACUUCGCCAAACUCAUUGAAAUGAAUGAUGUAAAUGAGAGUAAGAGUAAUAACAAUCAAAAUAGUUCCCAGGAAGAGUCUGUUACAAAAAUGGUAAUGCAAUUGUUCGGUGAAACGUUAUCCAAGGACAUAAUUAUGCCACUUAAAACUAAUCCAGAGGAAGGUCGGAAGGAAAUAUUUUUCAUUCCAGGAAUCGAAGGGUAUGGUGUUGUUUUCAAGAAUUUAGAAUCAAAAAUUAAGUCGCCUGCGACUUGUUUCCAAAUUGCUUCACGAUACGAGUUAAAAAGUUUUGAGGACAUGGCCAAUUUUAUUCUACCGCAUUUAUUAAAGAAACUUGACACUCGAAAAGAUUUUACUCUAGUUGGGUAUUCAUAUGGAACGAUAAUUUCCAUUGAAAUCGCACGACAAUUAGAACGCAAAGGAUAUAAUGUCAAGUUAAUACUUAUAGACGGUUCUCCCCUACACAUGAAAGAAAUGAUGAACUAUUUAAAUCCGUCAUCGGUCAAAGAAAUGGAAAAGAACAUUUUGUUUAAUAUAGCGGACUCGAUUGACCCUAUAUUUUGCGAACAGCUUAUGAAUAAAUUAGAUAAUUCAGAUACAUGGGAAGAAAAAGUCAAAUUAUUCAUAGAAAUUCUACCUCGUGAAUAUAAGAAACUUAUGAGUGACCAGGAAUGCAAAGAUAGUCUUAACUCAUAUUAUAUAAGAAUGAAAGCAUUAGCAUCGUAUAAUGUGGAUUUAUUGUCAUUUUUAAAAGCACCAAUCAAAUUGUGCAAACCGACGUUAGCGAGUGUACAAAAUAUAAACCAUGAAUAUGGAUUACAGAAUGUGACUCAAAAUAAAAUAGAAGUAUAUACUAUUGAGGGUAAUCAUAUUACAAUCCUAGGCAAUGAGAAACUUGCAAAAAUAAUUAAUGACGAAUUAAUAGAAGAAGAUCUUGAAACGCCUAAAUCAAAUUCCAAUUAAAUAAAAUAAAUUUAAACAAA